GCAAAAAGUGGGUUACGUGAUAGCAUAGCUUUGCUGCUGGAGAUGCAAGACCAAUAAUCUAAGAAAACAGCGCACAGGGCGGGUUGGGCCAGACAAGGACUUUGUGAAGGUUUUUGGACACUCCUGAGGUCAAUGGGCUACUGCGAAGAACCAUGGGUGUGUUGAUGUCUAAGCGGCAGACAGUGGAGCAGGUGCAGAAGGUGAGUCUGGCUGUGUCUGCCUUCAAGGAUGGGCUGCGGGACAGGCCUUCCAUCCGACGCACGGGUGAGCUACCAGGGUCCCGCCGUGGCACUGUAGAGGGCUCUGUCCAGGAGGUACAGGAGGAGAAAGAAGCAGAGGCAGGCACCCCAGUGGUGCAGGAGGAGAGCAGUGUCAACCGUGCAGCCUGGGAGCGGCUCCGAGAUGGGCGUGGAGUGGAGCCUGAGGAGUUUGAUAGAACCCGUCAUUUCACACCCCCGGCCUUCAUCCGCCCCACCCGGAAGCUGGAUGAUGACAAGUCUCCAGAUAUCUGCUUGGAUCCCAGAGAGCCUGUUGUCAACGAUGAGAUGUGUGAUGUCUGUGAGGUCUGGACAGCUGAGAGCCUCUUCCCAUGCAGGGUCUGCACCAGGGUUUUCCAUGAUGGCUGCCUGCACCGCAUGGGCUACAUCCAAGGAGACAGUGCAGCAGCGGUGACCAAGAUGGCCCACACAGAAACAGGCUGGAGCUGCCACUACUGUGACAACCUCAACUUGCUCCUUACUGAGGAGGAAAUGUACAGCCUCACAGAGACCUUUCAGCAGUGUAAAGUCAUCCCUGAUUGCUCCCUGACGCUGGAGGACUUUCUGCGCUACCGCCACCAAGCAGCAAAGCGGGGGGACAGUGACAGGGCCCUGAGCGAGGAGCAGGAGGAGCAGGCAGCCCGCCAGUUUGCAGCUCUGGACCCUGAACAUCGAGGCCACAUAGAGUGGCCUGACUUCUUGUCCCAUGAGUCCCUCCUACUUCUGCAGCAAUUGCGUCCCCAGAACUCUUUGUUGAGGCUUCUGACAGUCAAGGAACGGGAACGAGCCCGAGCCACCUUUCUGGCACGGGGCAGUGGGAACACCAUCAGCGAGACAGAUUGCCGCCGUGCCCAGCACUCUUGGUUCUGCAAAGGCCUUGCAGAGGUUCCUUCCUGUAGUAUCAGCAUCAGCCAUGUGGGUCCCAUAGACAGCAGCCCGGCCAGUGGGAGCAGCAAGAGUCAGGACAAGGCCCUGCUGCCCACAGAGCAAGAGUCCAGAUUUGUGGACUGGCCCACCUUCCUGCAAGAGAAUGUCAUCUACAUCUUGGCUGCUCGCCCCAACAGCGCAGCCAUUCACCUGAAACCCCCAGGAUAGCAUGAAGCAAAGAAGCUCAGUUUGGGGACAGUGGCAUCCUCUCCCUCCUUUCCUUUCUCCCUUUCCCUCACCAACCUCUGGCUCUGAGACUCAUGGGGAUGGGGCUUUGCCAGCAUCUUAAUUUGUCACUAAACUUUAUGGCACUGAAAUCAUUGGUCCCCCUCCUAACAGUGGCAGUAGUAAGUGCACUGCCACGGGAAGAAGCCCUGGGAGCUGGGGCAGCAUACACUCCUGGAUCCCCCUGUCCUCACAUCAUAGACUGGACCUGCUACCAGAUGUAUAUAUGCGUACGUGCACACACGUGCACACACACACUCAUGCGCACCUACAGAAGCCUGGUUCUUUUUGGUAGAAAAAGGACCAAAGUCCCUUUGUGAAGCCCCUGGUGUAGAUGAGGGGGUCUCUAAUGCCCAAAGAAUGCCUUCUAUUGGCCAGUUCUGAUUUCCAGUAUAUAAAUCUCUGGCCAAGUGAUUCUUAAUAAGGGGGCAUAUCAGACUCACAUGCCUUCCUGGAAAUGCUGACAGUCCCCCUCUGCCUCAUUGAUAAUCCCCUCUGUGGUGAGCCACUUUACUAGUAGUUGUAUACUAUGUCCCCUGGCUGUGUUAGGGUGUUGAAAACCACCACUGCAGUUAAGCCUGUUAUCUAUUUAAAUUCCAAUUCCUGGUACGGAGAAGGCAACUAACCUAUUGAAUCCUAAUUGGAAAAGUGGAAGGAAGCCCCUCCCAGAGACCCAGAAUUCUAGGCACCUGUCAGCCAAGUCACCUAGGUCCAAAAGUCUUUAGCAGAACAGUCAUAACUUAAGAGUGAGCCCUCCUGGUCCCUGUUUUUCAGAUGGUAGCUCACAGCCCAAUGCCCAAGGGGCCUAAAUAGAACAAAUACACUGGCAAGAGUCACAGCUCUCUGUGUUAGAUGCUUCACUCAAAUCACCUACCGUAGAAACCAAUGAGGAGACAAGGUCUGGAUGGAAGAGGAGAGGAAAGGACCCAUGCUUUUCCAUUGUUCCACUUCAGCUCAACUGCAGACCUACGAAAGUCUGCCAUCGUGUGGAGAACAGAGCCAGCCUCUUCCACAGCUCAAGAAAGCAGCUCCACAGAAGCCCUGAGCAAGACUCCUUUCAGCCAUCCUGGCAAUGAGGAUAGGAGACUGGGGCUUAAGAGGGGAAUUUGCAUCUCAGCUCUCUCAAACAAAAGGUCUGGUAAAGCCUCACAGAAGGUUUCCCCUUCUCCCUGUCAGUAAGACGUGGCCCACUGCUCACAACAUGUCCUUACCUACUAGGCUAGGGUCUGGGCCUAGCAUGGGAAGACUUUGGGGACAAGUGGAGGCUGUCACAAGGGCACCACCCAGGUCUCAAAGGCCCUUCUCAAGUCAGUGCAUGUUGUGGGUCAGCCCUGGCCCUGGGGACCAGAUUCUUGCCAGGUAUGACUACCAAGAGUUACUCAAGAUGUGUUUGAGCUCAGCCGUGCAGAACCUAACAUGUCUGCAUUGCUCAGGACACUUGUACUAAGUUGGGUGCUUAUAGAAGAAGGAGCAUAACACUCAGUGUUGAAGUGCUCAGAGGAAAGUGGGGAGCUGCAACCAGGGGCUUGGUAAGAGCCCUGUAUGGUGUCCUCCUGUAGGAACUGCCUGACCUAAAUGCAAGGUGAUAAGUUGCUGGGGUUAGAUUAUUUAGAGCCAAAAUGAAGCAGACAGGAGUCAAAUCUGGGUUCAUAUGUAUGGCCCUGAACAUUUCAAAACCCACAGCGUUUUAUAAAUACUCCUCAGCCUCAUUCCCAGGACUGAUCAGUAGGAGGAGCCAUUACUCAGUCUAGUCACACACAAAAAAAAGCAAGCACAUGACUCAGGCCCAAGGACUGCAUCUGAAGCACCCAGGCCUGGGAUUUUGCACUGAGAAGAUUAAAGCACAUUAAGCACAGGGGCUCUUGCUUACUCUCCUGGUGAAUCACCCUCUGUGCCAGUGGCCUUGGGCUGCUUAAUCUCACAGCGCAUUUUGAGUAGAGACAAGUUCUGGACUUUGAUAGCUGAACAGGUUUUUCUCCUGCCUCCUCAUCAAGGACUGGAAGUACAUUUUCUUGUUCCCUGAUCCUUCACAGAUCAAGGUAUGCCUACCGCUCUGGAUCUGCUGCUUCUAGCUCUCUGUGUGUGAGUGGUGAGAGACUGUGGGCCAGAUUAGGCCUGCUGUAUCCCAAGGCCUGGCAAAGUAGGUGCCAGAGUUCUUCCACAACAGGAGCAGGCUCAUUUGGGAUCACUCCUCUCCCUAUUCCAGCAAAGCAAGCUUCCUUGGUGGGGGCAUGCUGCAGGGGGCCCAGGGGACAGUGCUCCAGCAAAGAAUAGAUUUCCUAGUCCACAAGAGUCCUAGGAAGCAGAAAAGCACAGAGGAACAGCAGGCUUCCUCUCCAUAGACAUCUAGCUUUUUACCAAAGGGGAGGUUCCAGUCCAGAGUUUCAGAAGUCCUGCCCCAACCCCCCAUCCAGAAUCUCCCUUUGCAGUGUCCUAAUCCCUGGAACCCCUCUGCAGUAUGUAUGGAGAUGUUCAAGCUUUUAUAAACCAAGUGAGGCCCAUUCUCUUUCCUUUUCAAGCCCUUCCAUCACUGCGGCUGUCCAAAAUUCUGCCAAGUACGAAAAUUAGUGUCUGGCUCUAAUAAGUGUAUGAGAAGAUGUUUCAGUCUUCUCUUCUUGACUGCCAAAAAAUUCAGUGCUUUUCCCAAGCACCACCCACCCCACACUACCUGUCAACAAAGGGAGGUUUGGGUUACUUAUAUGCGCCUCUGAAUACCACUUGCCCUAGGCGUGCUUUUCACCCAGCAGUCCUCUUCCCCAUGCUCAGAUUUAAAGGGGAAGCUGGACGACAUGGAGGAGCUGCAGGGACAGAGGCGCAGCUGAGGGAGUGGCUGUGGCCAUGUAACCUCUCCAGAUCUGCUCCUUGGCUUCCUCUCCUGAGGCCAGCCUUCCCCAACAGAACAAUGAGCAGUGGCCACUGUGGUAUCCCAGCAGUGGAGCAGCUCCCUCACCCCUAGGGACUGAUCUGACUCUCAAGUGCUCUUCUUCCUUUGAGGACAGCCACAGCCAAAGCCAUGAGUACAUUGCCUCUUUCUGCCCUCAGCCCAAGUGACUCGGGCUGGCAGGGCAGACCCCGGCUUUUCUGGUCCUGGUGCUCCCUACAGGGAUGUCACCUUGAUCUUGUUUAAGUGGCCAGGUCUUGGGACUCCCCAAUUCCUCUCACCAGUAUGGAAAGCACAGAAUCCAACUGCCUGUGAAGAGGGCACCUGACCUAGGAGUGAUCCCCAGGCUUGUGCCCAGGCCUCUUAGCCCAAAGCACAACCUCAACCAUUGCAGGUAUCAUGGCUUCAGUAAGAAUGGUGCCAGGAAGCCCUAAAACCAAGAGGGAAGCUCUGUAGAAGCUGUCUAGCAGAGCCCCAAGCCAGCCAUGUCCACCCCAGAGCCAAGAGGAACCUCCAGGUGGAACUGAGAACUGGUAGCAGGCUCUAGCAGUCCUGCAGACUCGUCCUCUUCAACCCAGCAGAGUAAAGGCAGAUAUAUACUUGGCACUAAAAUACAGAACAACCUUGAUGCCAGAACUUCAGGACAUCCUAACAGCAGCGCCUGUAGUCCCUUCUUACCCGCCCCCACGCCCCUUUACAGUGAACUAAAAUUGCUACUUUCUCCAUGCCGCAUUGUUUGAACUUGCCCAGGAUACCUCUCUGGGCCCCUGGCUGCAGCCCUGACAACAGAGAUCUCCUUGAGUGAGGGAUAUUAAUGUAUCUUGCUAGUUCUCAACAGCUCGGCCCUGUAGUAGGGUGGGACUGGGCAUUUUCUCUCUUGUUGCUUUUUUGCUGCCACUGUUUUUGGCAACCUUGAAUGGAAAAGAAAAUGAACAGGUUACAGAAUUUCCGUUAGACCCAACUAGCACAAAGGAAAAGCCCUUUCCCUCUGAUACACGUGCCCCAGAGCAUGGAGAGGUGGUCAGGUCUGGUCUGGGCCAGUAGCUAAGAAGCCCAAUCACAUUGCAGUCUGUAUAGCACUGGGUUGGCAUGACCACAGAUGAGAAUAGCAAUGCAUGAGUAGUAAGGUCUUUCUGUGUCCAUGGUGAAACUGAGGCCUUCAAGCUUAGUCUCUAGCCAUUGAGGAUGGGCUAUGAUCUGUCUCCCAGCCAGACCCAGGCUUGUGAGGGGAGCUCUGAGAGCACUUGAGUAACAAUGGAGGAUCCAGCGCCCUUUGUUCCCUCAUGCCCUUCCCAUGUGCUUUUCUGAGGAAGGUUACUGACAAUAAACUGAGGGAAACACCCCAAGCCCUGUCUUCCCAUCGCUACAGCUGCAUGCUCCUGCCUGUGGCUCAGCCUGCAGAGGCACUCCAGAAGGAGCUGACUCCCAGAGGCUGGGCACAGUGGAAAUCAUAAUAAAGAGGUUGUGAUGUUAA